CCUUCUCCUAAGAGGAAUUUGGGAUAUCUAUCUUUGUGAAGUCUCCACGCUGUGGAGAAAGCACUUCAUGGGCUGCUCCCAUGCUGCACAGCCUUUAUGUCAGGCACCUGCAGCCAACUUGUGGCUUGAAUGGAUCUCAUUCCAAAUCCCAGUCACCAAAAGUCGGCACGCUUUCAUCUGCUGACAAAGAGAGCCUUCCAGCAGAUCCCCAUCUUGAGAAAAGCCCUGACUGACUGAAUGGCCACCCAUUAACAACUUUGCUCAGCUAAUGAAAGCUUUAUGAGAUUCUCCCUCUAAGGGAAAGUUUUGCAGGCCUUAGGAAGUCUCAUCUUCACAACCUUGCUCCAGGUUCUCCCCCUCUAUUUCAUUUGUAGAAAUACCAUCCCUGCCUAAUAACAGUUCUGUACCAUGUGUACGAUUUCUGCUCUUACUGAGUCUAAUGCUGUGGCUCAAGCAGGAGGGAGGCUUAGUUAAGUUACACACUUGAGAGCCAAACGAGGCUGCCCCGUGGUCACUGCUCAGCAGGCUUCUACCAGGCAUCUCCUUGCUGUGCCCUCCGAUGGACAGAGCUAGGCAGCAGAUCCUGCAGGGCCCCUGGGCCAACUCCUCAAGCUGUGCUCAUCGAAUAGUCCCUCUCACAUACUCCCAAAUGCACAGCUCUGUAGCCUGUGUGUUACAGCACAGAGAUGCUGUUUGUGGGGUUCUCUGAGCCUGGGGACAGCCUGGCCAGGUCUCCAAUGCCUUUGCAGGCUGUUGCCAGCCCCCACCGUGUCCCCCAGCAGAGGGGGAAGCUCCCAGGUCAUUCCCGCUCCCCCUGCUGCCUUUGUCCCCACAGCCCCAGCUUCCUCCUUCCUCGUGGGGUGCCCGUGUCCCCUGACAACCCACAGGUCACAGCCUGUGCCUCAGCCCCACGCCCCUUGACAACCUUCUUUGUUGCAUCACCCCGACUCAUCCAACCUCCUAGUGUUGCUUGGCCACCCAAAAGGACAGAGCGUCUGGACUCUGGAACAGACAUGGCGUCGUUGGCGUGCCUACUCGGCUUGCUGACCUUGCUCAGUUGUGUUACCGCAUCUUUGGCCCAUGCUCCGGGCAGCCCGCUUUCAGACAAGGAAUACCAGGCCUUCUUUCUCACCCUGUGGCCCCCCUGGAGGGCAGAGGUGUUGUGCACCAUCCGCCAGACGUAUGGCUGCCUUAGCCCAGGAAUCCUGAAGAUGGACCGGCUGGAGAACCACGGGGUUGUCCCCAAAGGGUCGAUCUGCUCCGACUUCCCAGAGAGGAUGCGGUUUGAGAGCUUCUGCCAGUUCGCCCACUACCGCUGCUUCCAAGGCCAGUUCUAUGUCAAGCGAAUCCGGUGUCCAAAUACGUCCACUCAUAAAAACCUCUUUCUAGCGGGGCAACAUGAGGCCGUGGGCUCUGGAGUAAAGGAUCAGAGCUCCCCUGCGAGAGAAGCCCCAGGGCAGGCUUCUGUCUCACCUCCUGGUGCCCUGCUGGAGUCGACGGGGCUGCUUCCGCUACCACCAACCGUGCCAUCGCCGGCUGCCCCUGCCCCCUUGCCUAACAAGCUGGAAUCCCCUGCCCAGGAAGAGGCAUCGUGGAAGCAACGCCUGUGGAGCAGCAUCUCGAAGCUCAUCUCCUGGGCCCUCUCCACAGAGAACCCAUUGGGCUCCUCUCCACAGCGCAGCCCGGAGGCAGGGGCAGGGAGCACACCCAGCACUGCUCAGGAGGCAGCACAGGCAGCUGCUCCUCAUGGCAGUCUUUCAGACCUCAAGAAUGAGGAGGCAGUGAUGAUCCUGUGCUCUGUGGUGAUGAAGGAAGACUGUCUCACAUCACUGCUCACCAAGGCUUGGAAGGAGCUAGAAGAGAGACUCUUUGGCUUUGGAGAUUCGGUGUGUGACAGCAUGGGUCGGCGCCACAUGGACCUGCACCCUCACUCUGCUUUCUGUUCGCUGAAGAUGGAGCAGUGUCAGAACAUGAAAAACGUGAAACGCGUUCACUGUGAUUCAGGCAACUUCACCAACUACAUCAGCCCUCAGGUCUCAGCCCAGCUCCAGGCUGCAGAGAAGGAGACCAGCUCCUCACAGCCCUUGCAGGUCAACAACGUGGAGAAUUUAGGAGGGCCGAGGGUAGAGCGGUGGUGCAGCCGGAUAGCGAGCCAUGGUUGCGAAGAUCCUCGUGUGUCUCUGUGGUUGAAGGCAGAGUACAAUGCCUUCCAAGAAGGAGAUGCCCCAGCCCAGGUCUGCGACUCAAACGGAGUGAGGUACCCGAACUACUGCACCUUCAAGAGCCACCAGUGUCUCCAGCAGAGCCUCUACAAUCAGACGGUGUCUCGCCACGGCUGCCAGAGAAAUGCGAGCUACCGAGUGCUGAGUGAGAAGGAGGGAGAGGAGCAGGUGCAGCUGUGGCGCCAGAAGUUCCGCAGCCUGUGGAUAACAGGCUGAUGCACAGGAGCAGGAGGACACGCGGGAAGCGCAGCGCUCCAGGGCAGUCCCUGUUGC